GAGCCUUUCCAGUCGGACAGCAGCGCAGAGCACAAGGUAUUUCAGCAGUUUCUAUGGUCAUCUCAUGAGUUUUCUUACAGGUUGAAAUAAUGGAAGACCUUUAUGUGGCAAACACCAUCUUUGCACUCAAUUUGUUCAAGCACCUGGCGAAAACAAGCCCCACCCAGAAUCUCUUCCUCUCUCCAUGGAGCAUCUCAUCCACGAUGGCCCUUGUCUACCUUGGCUCCAGGGGUGACACUGAAGACCAGAUGGCCAAGGUGCUACAGUUCAACAAAGUUGGAGACCACGAUGCUGCCACAGGGCGCCCAGAGAACUUCACCGGCUGUCAUUUCAGUCAGCAGAUACAGAAGGAAACCUAUCCCGAAGCUAUUUUGAAGACACAAGGAAGAGACAAAGUUCACUCAUCCUUCCGCUCUCUCAGUUCGGCAAUCAAUGCACGCACAGGAAAUUACUCACUGGAAAGUGUCAAUAAACUCUUUGGAGAGAAGUCCAUGAAAUUUAAACAAGAAUACAUUGAACUCUCUAAGAAAUAUUACUCUACAGAACCCCAAGAUGUAGACUUUCAGAAAUGUACAGAAGAAGCCAGAAAAGAAAUUAACUCCUGGGUUAAUACUCAAACCAAAGGCAAAAUUCCACACCUGUUACCUGAAGGUUCUGUCAGUGAGAUGACCAAGAUGGUCCUGGUGAAUACUGUCUAUUUCAAAGGAAAAUGGAAAACUCCGUUUGAGAAGAAAUUGGACAGACUUUAUCCUUUCCGUGUGAACUCGACACAGCACAUACCUGUGCAGAUGAUGUACUUGCGUGAAAAGCUGAACAUAGGCUACAUCGAGGACCUGAAGGCUCAGAUCUUAGAGCUCCCGUAUGCAGGAGAUGUCAGCAUGUUCCUGUUGCUCCCAAACGAAGUUGCUGAAGAGUCCACAGGCUUAGAGUUGCUGGAAAGUGAAAUAAAUUAUGAUACUUUCAACAAGUGGACCAGCAAAGACACACUAGCUGAAAAUGAUGUAGAAGUCUACAUGCCCCAGUUCAAAUUAGAAGAGCAUUAUGAACUCAAAUCCAUUCUGAGUAGCAUGGGCAUGGAGGAUGCCUUCAAUAUGGGCCAGGCCAACUUCUCAGGAAUGUCGGAGGAGGACGAGCUGUUUCUUUCGGAGGUGUUUCAUCAAGCCACAGUAGAUGUCAACGAAGAGGGGACAGUAGCGGCCGCUGGUUCUGGGGCUAUUAUGACAGGGAGAACAGGUCAUGGUGGCCCUCAGUUUGUUGCAGACCAUCCUUUCCUCUUCUUUAUCAUGCACAAAAUCACGAAGAGCAUCUUAUUUUUUGGCAGAUUCUCCUUGCCCCCAAAUUGAAAAACUCUGAUUUGACACAAAGAUUUGGCUACAUGAGCUAUAAGCUUCAGAAUUGUUGCCUUAAGUACUGACAAGUUAGAAAAUUUUUCUGCCUAUUUCUCUUUUUUCUGAACAACUUCUGCUAUAGACUAAGUUCAAACUCAGAUACAACCACACAGCUGACAAUCAUAACAUGUCAAUAUCAUGUAUCGUUUGGUCUCCUGAAGCAAGUUCAUGCCCAUUAAGUUCUUCCUGACUAGUAGUUUAUUUUAUAGUAUUAGCUUUUACUGUAUUAUUUAUUAUUUUAUAUACGUUUUAUUAUUGUUUGCUGUCUAUUUAAUAUGACUGGUAAAGUUUCACAAGCAGGUAAGCAGUUACUGUUUUAUCUAAAGAAAUGCAUUUACUCAUUCACUAAAGGAUGAGUAGAUGUCUUUCUAUCUUGUACCAUAAUAAAUCUUAUAAAAAUCACCAAACAACAGUAAAAUGUGUAUUAUGUGUAUUUCUAACAUUAUGUGUUACAUAUGUGUAUGCAACUUAUGUAGAAAUGCAAAACUGCAAUAAAUAAAC